UCAAUAAUAUUAUUCAAACUUUCAAUAUGCAUUUCUCUAGACUCCAUCAUCCAUAAACCCUUCAUUUUAAAACCCUAAUUUCUUCUUAUCCACAACCACACAAAUCAACACACCGUCAAUACCUUUCAGACCUCUCAUCUUCAACAAACACCCCCCACAAAACCACUAAAACCCUCAAUCAAUGGCCAUACAGACUCCUGACAACCAAUCCGAAAGCAACCUCCACAAAUCGCAACAGAAUAUCCCUCAAAAUCACGAUGCAGAUGCUGUUUCUAAUCAGAUUGAAACUCUCAAAUCACUCAACACAUUGUUACUCAAAGAAACCAAAGAAAACCGUCAACACGUCGAAUCGUUAACUCAAUCAAACAGUUGUUUGGAAUCCGAUUUGACUCAGUCGGUUAUGGCGAACGAGUCGUUGAAAUCGGAGAUGAACUCGUUGAGUGAACAGGCGGCUAGGUUAGAGAUUGAGAGAGGAUUAAUUGUGGUUUUCAUGACAGUGCAGGUGAAUCAGGUGGAGGAUGUUAAGCGAGAGAUUGAGAGGUUGAUGAGAGAGAAAGAGUUGGAAAUUAGGGGGUUAAACAAACGGUUAGAUGAGCUUUUGGUUGAGAUUGAUGAACAGAGAGGCGUUUCUGCUCGGGUGAGUGAGGAGAGGGAUGUGGUUAAGGCGCGGUUGGAUGAGCGGAUUCGAGAGGUGAAUGAGUUGUUAGUGAAGGUGAAGAAAGCGGAGGAGAGUGAAGCUAGGGUUUUAGAAGAGGUUGAUGAGUUGAAAAUGGAAUGUGAUAGGUUGAUGGUGGAGAAUACGGAGAGCGCGAGGCGAGUUGAAUUGGUUACGAAAGAGAAGGAUGAGGUUCGCACGAGUUUGAUUGAGGCGAACGGUGUGGUUGAUGAAUUGCGGAGGGAUGUUGCGAAAUUGAUUGAAGAGAAGACGGUGAUUGUGGAUGAGAAGGUUAUGCUAGAUGGUAAGAACUCUGAGUUGCAAACUUCAGUGGAUGAGCUCAAGAAGUUGGUAGAGAGUAUGCGGAUCGAGGAGGGAGCAUUGCUAGAGAAACUUGCUGUUUUGGAGAAGAAAUACGCUGCGAGUUCGAAAAAUGAAGAGGAUCUGAAGAACAAGAUCAAUGAAUUGGUUGAAGAAAAGAAGGAAACAGAAACGCGAAUUGAACGUUUGGAUAACGAUAAGAGUUUGGUUGCUAAAGAUUUGGAGGACGCCAUGAAAGAGUUGCAGCAGCAGAAGCUUUCAUUUGAGCAGAUUGUUAAAGAGAAAACUGAAUUGGAGAAUUUAAAGAUCGAAAGGGAGAGUGAAAUUGUUAAGAAAGACGAACAGUUAAGCGUGUUUAAAGACAUGAUUUCAUCAUUUGAAACGUCGAGUGUCAAUCAAGUUGAGAAAAUUAAGGAGUUAGAGGUUGAAGCAGGGAGCUACAAAUCGUCAUUUGAUCAGGCUGCACUGGAGAGAGAUGAAGCUCUCAAGCAACUUAAUGAUCAAAAAGCCGUAACCGAUGAUUUUAAACAGACGAUUACAGGAAUGGAGAAGGAAAUGGAAGAUUUGCACGAAAAGUUAGCAACUUUAACAGCAGAAAAUGGGGAAUAUUUAGGUGAAAAGAAUCGAUUGGAAGAUCGAUGUGCAGGGUUGGUGAAAGAAGUAGCUGAUCUAGAAGCAAGAUUUGCUGAAAGCAGAACAGAAUUCGACAGGAAACUCAAAGCAGCAGAAGCUAACUCGAAGAGGGUCUUGAAUAUCUUGAAGAAAACAGUGUUGGUGUGUGAUGGAAACGAUGAUUUUGAUCAAGAAAAUGGUGUGGAAGACGGGAUAAAAGAGCAUGUAGCAGGGAUUGAAACAAUUAAGAAAGCUUUCAAGGAUAACAAGAGUAUAUUAGCAGAGAUGAAGAUGCAACUUGAGUUGGUUAAAACCUCUGCUGAAAAGGAGAAGGGGUUCUGGACCAUGGUGUCAUCUGCAACGACACUUUUAGCAGCGGCUGUUUCGCUGGCGUAUGUUGCUCGAGCCCGUUGAAGCGAUCCAAAUUUUGAGGUCAAUUUUACCGAUCUUGAUUGCUGUUACUGAAAGGGUUUUUGGUAAACUCGCUUUUGUGGUUAUAUAAUAAAAGUUGUUCUUUUGCAAUGGUUCUAUUGCAUUUGGGUUUUGACCCAUAACCAAAAGUUUUGGCUAUUGAAAAUGUAAAACCAAUAGGUUGGGUUAAUUUUGGUUUUAAUGGUUAAUGGUAUAAAAUGGUUCGGUUAACCAACGUGAGAAACUUGUUUAUAGGCUUGAUUCUUGUAGUUAGCAUCGAUACCAUUGAUCUAUCUACUAUGAUUUUAACUU